AAAAAACAAAAAAGAAACAAAUACCAACCAGCUUCGUGUACUCCACCUCUUCCUCCGCUGUGUAUCACCCAAUUAGCACCUCUGUUUGUGGCAAUUGGGUUGGCUGGUUGUUGCAAUUGUUUUGGCCGUGUGAUUCACUUGAGUGCUCGGCCCUUAGCUGGUCGCAUUAAUCAGUUGCAAGACGAUCGAUUAACUGGCAACAACUGGCGCCGACUGCAACGCGCUACUCGCUGCUGCUGCCCGGGUGGCUGCUCCCAAAAAAAAAUAGCAAGUGAAAAGUGUUGAAAAUAUAUUCCUAAAUAAAAUAUAAAAAUAUUGCUUGGAAUUUCAUUUGCAUAUAUUAUGAAUAUUGUGAAUUUUGCUCACUCAAAAAGAAGAAUUCGCACAAUUUUCGCUAGUCGAAAAUCCUAAUUGAAUUACCUAAUCAGUUUUUGGCCAUUUGGCGAGUGCCGCGAGAGUGAGUGCUUCAGUGAGUGCCUCAGUGAGUGUCAGUGAGUGUUUUUUUUGUUGUGGUGCGUGUGGUGAAUUUUAUAUAAUAAACACACUCGGCACACUCUCAUCGAUCGUUUGAAGUCACAUCCAUUGCAUCGCUGGCAUUGCUCGGAGGCAUUACGCAAGCGGACGAGAAUGGCUGCUGACCAGGCGCUGACCGAUGUCGGUGAGCUCAUCUUCUCGCUCAUCAUUGGCUACCUGGGCGCCCUGGAGUUUGCCUUUGUGGCCCGCCAACUCUACCACUGGACGUGCCGGCAUCCGUGCAGCAAUGAGGAUGCUGAUGCCGGCGCCGAUGCACACGAGUUGCCACGUCUACGCGAUCGUCUGGACAAGGAGCUAAAGGAGGCGGUCGAGCGAGAAGCAGCUGCCGGCACAAAUGUCAUGCAGGAUGGUGUUCUCUACAGCAACGGUUUCCGUGUAGAGUCGCCGGAGGCGAAGAGGGCAGCGUUGGCCGCGGAGCUGGAGCGACAGCGGCGCAUCGAGGAGGAGACACGCAAGCAACUGGCGGAUGCCGAGCACAAAUUGGCCGAGGAACGGAGGACUGCCGCCCAGGAGCGAGCAGAAGCCGAGGCGGCGGCGGCGGCGGAAAGCGCACAAAAGCUCAUCGAGGCGGAAAAACAACGCGAAGCGGCGCAACGAGAACGUGAAGAAAAUGAGGAACGACAAGAGAAUGAGCGAAAGCUGAUUGAGGCCGAAAAGCAACGGGAGGAGAAUGAAAGGAGAAUGCAAGAAGCCGAACAACAACAACGCGAACGUGAAGAGAAUGAGCGACAGCUGAUUGAGGCUGAAAAGCAACGGGAGGAAAACGAAAGAAGAUUGCAAGAAGCCGAACAACAACAACGCGAACGUGAAGAGAAUGAGCGAAAGCUGAUUGAGGCCGAAAAGCAACGGGAGGAGAAUGAAAGGAGAAUGCAGGAAGCCGAACAACAGCAACGCGAACGUGAAGAGAAUGAGCGAAAGCUGAUUGAGGCCGAAAAGCAACGGGAGGAGAAUGAAAGGAGAAUGCAGGAAGCCGAACAACAACAACGCGAACGACAAGAGAAUGAGCGAAUAUUAUUUGAGGCGGAAAAACAACGCGAAGCAGAGCUGGAGGAAAAUGAGAGAAAACUGCAACGCGAACUCGAAGAGAAUGAGAAACAACUGAGAGAGGCAGAAGCAGAACGCGAAGAAACACAACGCAAAAGAGAAUUAGCUGCAGCUGCGGCCGACGAGCAAGACGAACUAGAGGAGAAUGAGAGAAAGCUGCAGGAGGCAGAAGCAGAACGAGAAGAAGAGCAACGUCAAAGCGAAUACGAAGAAGCUGACAGGGAAGCGGAACGUCUCCUCUUCCAGAGCGAGGAGGAGCAGGCCAAGCGCGAUGCGGAGAUUGUGGAGCGACUUUUGGCCGCGGAGCGAGAGCGUAAGCUGAGCGCCACUGAAAGUGAGCUCGAGGAGGAGGCCAUCGUUCUGGAGCAGACCAGACGACUGGCGGCCAGCAAGGCGGCCAUGGAGAAGAAACAGAAGUCAAUCGAGGAGAAUGCCCGCCUCUUUAUGGAGGCCGAGGAGGAGAUGGUAAUGAUGCAACAGCGUCUGCUACAGGCACAAAAGGAGCAGGAGGACGCAUAUUAUGCCGGUGCCGUGCCCGUUGUGGAGGAGCCGUGCAUUAAGAAGAUUUUGCCACCUCGCUACGAGGAGCCAGCGAUUGAUGAGCCGAUGAUAGUGCAGCGAGUCAAGACGCAGUUUGGACAAACCAGCGCUGCUGGUGAGGAACCCUACACGCGUUCCAAGACGCUCACGUUUCCUGGAGUAUCCGAUGAAGGUUCCUCGGUUGAACCGAUUUCCACGCAGCUGUCAUCAUUUAGCACACAAGCCUCCGACGAGCAACGCCAGGAGCCCGAGGGCGAAGACAAUGUGCCCGAUGUGCAGUACACCGAGGAUUACUUGCGCUCCCUCGAUGGCAUCAAGAGUCGUCCGCUGGUGCGUGAGGAUGGCUCGGGGCGCAGACGCGCCUUCAAGAAACGUCGCUCGAGCGGCAGUUCGAAUUCAUCGCGCGAAUCGCGUGCCUCACGCGACGAGGAGCUCAAAAUGUUCACAUCGCUGGAGGAGGAGGAAUUGCGACAUGGCGCCAAGGAGGACUACAAUCCCAUCAAGUACAGCUCAGAGCCAACGCUGCGGGUUAAGUCUCAGAGACGGCACAAACGUAGUCCCGCCAAGGAUGUAAAGCCACCAACUGAUCCGACUGCUGCAUUGGAAAUGCUCGGUGAGGAAAGCGCAAAUCCCUGGGGCGAGGGUGCUCCGGAGCACUAUAAGAACACGGAGUUUUGGAAGCGCGAGAAAGCCCUGUCCAUUGAUGAGGAGGAACUCGAGCAUGAGAAGAGAGUAUCUGGCGAAGAAGUGGUGCACAUGGACAAGCCGAAAGCUUCCUCAUUCGAGGAGGCGACAGAAGCACAAAAUGAGGAGGCAGCCCACUCCUUGCGACAGCAGCGUUCCAAGGAGGAACAAGUGGAUAAGGACAGCACAGAGAGCUCCACGAAAGCAACGGAUUCAAGCCGCAGCGACAUAAAAUCCAAUCUGCAAACCUCCCAAGCGACGGAGGAGCAGUCCCGACGCGGUUCACCCGGCUUGCGUCGCAGUCCGCGCAUCGAUGAAAUCGAUCACUAUGAGGAGCGUUGGCGAGAAUCCGAGGCAGCCAGUCAACCAGCCAGUCAGUUGCCCAGCAUUACCGUCCAGCAGCCAGAUACGGCACCCUGGCAGGACGAGUUCGGGCUAAUGAUGGAGGGUAUCAGCGAUUUCUACGAUUUUACGGCAUCAGCAAAUCGAUCGAGAUCACGCACCCCAUCGCGCAAUUCCCCGCCGCAGCCGAAGAACGUGGCCAAUUGCAUGGAUGUGGACGAGGAGCAUACGUUGGAAGUAUACGACGAUAGUCAGGAGGGUCUCAUCGCUGGUGAACUCAACUGCGAAAUGGUUCUGCAAAUGCUGGAGUCCACCAUGAAUGGAACCGAGAACCAGUCGCAGCAACUGCAGCUGCAAAAUGUUGCGGACGAUGCUAAGAAUGGUAGCAAUCAAGUUAUUGCCAUGAUCUAUGAGACUCGAUCCGCAACGCCGCCUGUAACCAUCAGCGAGCUGGAGAAGGAUCAGUUAGUGGAUCACAGUUGUCCCAUGGAUGUGGAAACGAAUGGCGUUGCUGAUGCCCAGCAAACUAAUAUCGAAACGAAUACAACUCUGCCCCAGCCUGUUAUCGAAAUCAAUUCAAUGGCUGAUGAACCAAUCGAGAUUCCCGAAGAACCCAUUCCCACCCGUGAGGAGAUGCGUUUGUUUGUUGAAAAUUUGCGCGCCGAACGUAUUUCAGGUUCCCAAACCCCGGGUCGGUCCCGUGCCCGUUCUCGCUCCCCCUUGCCCACCGCUGAUAAUAUCGCUCGCAGUCUGGAGACACGACGUCUGAAGCGCAUUCGACAAAACGAUGAGCUCUUCGAGAAACUGAAAGAUGAGGAGCAUUCGGCACGCUCAAUUUCACCUGUUCCUGCUGAAAUAAAUUCACUGAUUUUACGAAAUUCACCUGCACGUGAUCCCGAUGCAAUGAUAGAACCCUCCCUUAAGGAAUACGCACUUUUAAGAAGUGGUUCUAGUUCGCCAGUCGCAAGAAUUACACCUGCUCCCCCAGAGGAGAAUCCUUCGCCUGCAACAGUUCCCGAUUUAAUGAUAAUAACGUCACUUAAUGAAGAAGAGCCUUCUAACAGGGUUUCGAGUCCAUCCUUAACUGUUACUGCUCCUCAAAUUAUAAUCACCCCGCUGCCCCUGCCCACUAUAUCGAUUGAGAUGGUUGAAGAGCCACCUCAGGUACUGGCAGAGGACCAGGAGCCCGAGUUAACACCAGAAUCUGUGGCCAGACUAGUUGAACAGCUGCGCUUGAAUCGCUGUCGCUCCCAUUCCCGUUCCCGAUCCCCGCUGCCCACAGCUGCCAAUCUGGAGCACAGCGUGCAGAGGCGUCGCGAGAAACUCAUUGCACAAAAUGAUGAGUUCUUCGAGCAGAUGCAAAGGGCCACAACACCUGAACCAGAGCAGAGGGGAGCCAUAGUGGAGAAUAUUUACGAGCGACCCGAAAGCAGUCGCGACAUGCGUUCCCUUUCACCUUCCCGCUCGCCAUCGCCCACCAACGUUGAUUCCGAAUCUGCUGAUGAUUUCCAACUGCUGCUCAAUUUGGAGGGCUGCGAACAGCGAACAUUGCGCAAGAGUAGCGAGGAGCUGGAAAGUGUGCUGGCUCACAAUGCCAAGCAACAUGAAUUCGACUUGGAGGCACUGCAUCAGCUUCAAAUUGCCAGCGAGGAAAUCGAGCUGCCUGUUGAGGAAGAGGAUUAUCCACUGGAUUAUGAACGCACCUUCUCCGAAGCAGCUCGCGAAUUGAGGAGUGAGUUGUUAGUGAGCGGCUUUAAGCGCUCCACUUACGUUGGUGAGUCCAUGGACCUGGGUCUGGGCCCUGAGUUCGAGCAGCUGCGGCAGGAGAACGCUCAGUUUCGACGCUCGCAUAGUCCAUCGCCCUCCCUAGACUUGAGUGUGGCCCGGGAGCAGGCAGCGGCGCAGCGUGAAAUGCAGGCAGCUAUUUUGAAUUCGCUGGUGGAUGCCAGCGUCGGUGUCGAGGAUGAGAACCGUCUGGGUGCCAAGCCAAAAUCAAGUUCCACAUCUGAAAUACAGCAGGUGAUCAAGGACGAGAAAUUGGAUGAUAUGCGACAUCGGACAGCGGAAUUUCAACGCUCCCGCAGUCAGAGUCGCUCCCCGGUGCGGGAUGAGGCGGAUGCGCCGACAUUGCGGAAUAUCGAUGUGGAGGCAGCCAAGCGGCAGCAACAGGAUCAGCUGCUAGAUCAGCUAGCUGCCUCAAGUGGCAACUUCCAGAACUUCUCACGCUAUCUGAAUACCGACUUUUUGGGUGAGCGACGUGCCUCGGAUUCGGCAAUCCUACAGCCCGUGGAGCCCCAUGAGGAAAUGGAGCCCGAUGAAUAUCAUCAUUUUAGACGCUUUUCACUGGCCCAGGAGCAGGCGGUCGAGGAGUAUCCCAGCAAUGAGUGCAUCUACAUAUCACAGAUUGAGGUGCGUUCGCUGACGGGCAAAAGAACUUGGCUUAAGGAGGAUUUCUAUACGCAUGACUUGGCCAGCUUGGAGCUGAACUUUGACGAGCUACCCAAGAAAUCAGAGUACGAAACGGAGGAGCGCUCCUGGGCAAAUGCUGUACUCGCUGCAGAGGCAGAGGCAGCGGAAUUUGAUGAGACGAGUGCCAUCUAUAAUUAUGACAUCCUUAGGGAGUACCACGGAAACGAGGAAGUCAGCAGCAAUGACAGCGACGACGAACGACAGACUGUGGUGGAAAUUGACGAUGACGACGCUGAGGAUGAGGAUAAUGAGUACGAGUUUGAGUUGGAUGAGGGCAUCUCGGAUAACAAUGAGCGCACCCAGCCGACAGAUGAAUCCCAUCACGAUACAUCCGAGUGCGAGGAGGCCGAACGCAAUGCAGAUAGUUAUGCGAAUCGGGGUGCCAAUGAUUGGGAGGAAAUUGAUAAUGUGGAGGACUUUGCAGACUAUAACAUCGAUGAUGGUGCUGUGGGCGGUGCUUACUCUGAUCCGGACGCCUACAUUGAACAGAUCUACAACGAUGCUGUGAAGAAUCGCAAACAGUCGGGAAUUCUAAGAGACUACGAGACAAUGGUGCAGGAACAGUUGCCGGGUGAUAAUGCUGACCAAAGUGAGUCCGAUAAGGAGAAAUCUAGUUCGGAUAGCGAACGUUAUGCUCUAUGGGCAAAGACCAGAGAGCUCGACCGGCACGAAGAGAGCAGCCGGCAUAGGGAGGCUGACCUAUCACUCGGACUGCUCGAAAGUGAGCGUCGGGAUACGGGAAUGCGUUAUCUGGGCGAUGCUCAUGUGGCUGCUCGUCAAUCCACCCGGCUGCGCACUCGUUAUGGCUACAGUCCGCAGCUACAGGCGGGUGUUGUCGAGGAUGACAUCGAAGUGGAUCUGAAUUACGUGCCCAAACGUGAAUACAAUUGGCGUAAGAACUUCAAGCUGGAUGACAACGAGCCACAGCAAACACUGGAAGUUAGCUCGGCGCCAAGUCCUCCCGAAGAGCUGUCCGAACUGGUGGACCAGAAGGAGCAGGAGCAGGAGCUGGAUCGGGAGCAGGAGCUGGAUCGGGAGCAGGAGCUGGAUCGGGAGCAGGAGCUCGAUCGGGAGCAGGGUCGGGAGCAAGAGCAAUACGAAAGUGUACCAGGUGGUGAACUGGACCCACGUCGCCAUAGUUUUGGUGGCGAGAGCAUCACCCUCUUCAGUCGCAGUCCAGACCGAGAAUUGUUAUCCGCUGUGCCCGAGGAAUCGUUGCCACAGCCGGAGAAUGCCGAAGAUAUUGGAGAAACUGAGUUGGCCAUGCAGUCGCCCAUUAAAGAAGCAGCCAGCGAGAAGCCAAAAAAGAAGAAGAGCAAGAAGAAGAUGCGCAAGGGCUCCAAAACGGAGGAAGACCUGCACGAUGACAACGACUCCGAUAAUCAGGAGUACAAUCGACGCGGUUCCGCAGUCAGAGAUGAGGUGGAAACCGCAUUGGAAACAACCAAACGCAAAGUGCGUUCGCGACGCAGCUCCAAGAGCAGCUCCGCCAACGAGGAGCCCACUGGAGGCGGUGGUCUCUUCUCGCCACGCAACAGCAUUGCCCUUUUGGCUGAGAGCACACUGGAGGGCAUUGCGGAAUUCGAAACACCCGACGAGGCCGCAUUAAAAAAGAACACAAAGAAACGCAAGAAGUCCCUCAAGGACACCAAGGAGCAGAGCUUAGUCCAGGCAGUUGAGCAGACCCUCGACGAGGCUGUUGCUGAAGCCCUUGCCCAAAUAGCUCCAGUUAGGGUGUCGGUUUCCACGAAUCUAACACCAGCCUCAACACAGCAGAAUCUCCUAUCCAGUCUCAGUGCUGGGCACAGCUUAUGCCUCACCCCCGCCUCAUCCUUCGAGGAGCCGCCCGCCAUCCCCAACAUAGCUACUAACCAUGCUGAAGUUGCAGCUGUAACAACGCCAGCGCGUUCCGCUGUGGACACCUUUGACAUACUCAAGGAUGCCAAUUUCUAUCCGCUUUUCUAGGCUUGCAAUAUGAAUGAUUUACAUAUUUGAUUUGAAUAUUUAUUUAUUUCUUAUAGACAUGUUCAUAAAUCCCCAAAUCGUGCACUCACCCAAUCUUUGCACCCAGUUCCAGUUCCAGUUCAAGUUCCAGAUACGCACUGAGGCUACUUAGGAUCAUCACACACUGUAUUAUACUAACGACCAGACCCAGAAAUGCUACUCGAAACGAUACUCGUAUAUAUCGAAUGAUAAUGUGGACUAUUAUUAUUGUUUGAAGCUUAUUUUAUUUAAAUGUUAGUUUAUUUGUUGUCGACUCCUUUAUAACUGCUGAGAAUAAAUAUGAAUAUAUAUAUACAUAUAAAUAUAUAUAUAAAACUAUGAUGAAAACAUACACAUU